AACAUGGACAGUGUUACUGUUUAAAGAAGUUUUUUUGUGUUUUUUUUCUGAGCUGAGUAACUUUUAAAAAAACCACAUAUGUAAAGAGGAAGUGUCUCAGGGAUGAACUUAGUGAGAAGCCAAAUGUGUUUCUGACCACCAGUUGGAGAACACAGUGAAGCUACAGUAUCUGCAGCUAUGAGAAACAGAAAGCAGGAGGAGACCCUUCAAUUUUUUACAGGCUUUGUCUUUAGUCUUGUUUUGACCUCAUCAGCAUUCACUACAGGUCAGAUCAGGUUGACAGGGCGAGGAUCAACUCAGUGCUCUGGAAGGGUUGAAGUUUUCUAUAUCUAUUCCUGGGGAACAGUCUGUGAUGAUGAGUGGGACAUAACUGAUGCUAAUGUGGUUUGUCGACAGCUGGGCUGUGGUCCGGCUAUCAGUGCAGUAGUUGGUUCUGCUCUCUUUGGUCAAGGAGUUGGAAAAAUCUGGCUUGAUGAUGUUCGGUGCUCAGGAAAUGAAAACUCUCUAACCAGCUGUGCACACAAAGGUUAUGGGAGACAUGACUGUGGUCAUGGUGAGGAUGCUGGUGUGAUCUGUUCAGUGAACCUUCCCAAGCCCAGCAUCUCUACAGGCUCUGCUAAGGUCACCUGGGGUCAACAAGUCAGCAUCACUUGUUCUAUUGCUGCUUCACCUUUAAGUGGAACAUUUAUCCUCCGACAGACUUCAGGAUCAUUUAGAGUGACUCAGUAUUCAGUUUCCUCCUCUGCUAAAUUCAACAUCGAUAAAGUGACUCUGGAUCAUGAUGGAGAAUUCCAGUGUCAGUAUGAGACAAUGAUGUCAAGCCAAACAUUCACCUCCCCCUUCAGUAACUCUGUUCGUCUUAGAGUGAGUCUAAAGAGGCCCAACAUUUCCCUGACAUCCCCAAAUGCAGGGUUGGUCUGGGGUCCAGGAGGAGCAGAGGUUACCAAGGGUUACGGCCUCUCCUUCACUUGCUCCAUUGACCCCAGAUAUCCUCAGGGAGAUUUCUCUCUCAUCUUCUCCAACUCCAACAUCACAGAAACCAGGCCAGCAGUCAAACACUCAGCCUCCUUUAACUUCCCAGCUGCUGAGUUUGAACACCAGGGCAGCUACAGCUGUGUGUAUGAGGUUACCAUGGCUACACAGAGGUUCAGUUCUGAUGAGGCAGAACCCAUUAGUCUCAUCAUCAAAUCCUCUUCACUGCUGCUGGUUUCCUCAGUCUCCAGUGGAAUCCUGCUGCUGGUCCUGCUGGUGUCUCUAGCAGUCUGUCUGGGCUGCAGGAGGAAACUUUGCUCUAAACGGCCCAUACCGUCUGACCAAAACCAAAUGACUGUCCAGCAGUUAAACACAGGAGACCUUGAGAAUGAUUGCAACGACUAUGAAAAUAUUGAUGCAUUUCACUCAGUAAAGAAGCUGGAGAUGGACGAAGAGUCAACAAGUGAUGAUGAUUAUGAGGAAGCAGAGCCUCAUUUAAGACAAAUCAUUGUUGGUGUCAAGAAUUACGCAUCAUCAGAACAAACAUUUGAAGAAGACGAAGAAAGCACUGAUGAAGAUGUCUACGUGAAUGUUGAUGCAACCUGGAAAAAUAAUGUAGUGCAAGCUAAAAAAUGUGUAAAUGAGUAUCAAUAGAUGAAAGCUGAGAAUUACCAAGACCAAAUUAGGUACAAAACAAAUAUUUAGCUUCAAAAAAUCUAGCUUAUAUAUAAGAAAAUGGCUGUGCCUGGGUCAUAGAGCAAUACACAGUACAUGAUAUAU